AUGGACCGUCCAAGCAAGGGCACCUUUCGCUUCGUCGAGCGGGAGUUCCCCGCCGUGACUUGGUACAAGGAUCCUGGGCUGAGAAAGACCUACAUCUGCUUGAUGAUGGUUGUACUGACCUCCGCUUCCAAUGGUUUCGAUGGUAGCAUGGUCAAUGGGCUCCAGUCCCUGACACCAUGGCAAGAAUAUUUCAACCAUCCCAAGGGCGCGCAUCUUGGUCUUUUCUCCGCCAUCAUGGCCGUUGGUAGCAUCUUGUCCCUCCCAAUCACGCCAUACAUUGCCGAUGGCUUUGGGAGACGCUGGGGAAUCAUCAUCGGAUGCAGUAUCGGCCUCGUCGGUGUUGCACUCCAGGGCGCCUGUACCAAGUUUCAAAUGUUUCUGGCUGCACGUUUCCUCAUUGGUUUCGGUACUUCGAUCGCCCACGGCUCCUCUCCUCUCCUGAUCACCGAGCUUGCCCACCCUCAGCACCGGGCCAUUUUCGCCACCAUAUACAACACCACGUGGUAUAUCGGAGCGAUCAUUGCCGCCUGGACAACAUACGGAACCAACCAGAUGUCGAACAAUUGGUCGUGGCGUAUCCCUUCGAUUCUUCAAGGCGUUGCACCGGUCAUCCAGCUGUCCUUUAUCUAUUUUGUUCCCGAGUCUCCACGCUUCCUCGUCGCGAAAGGCCAAUCCGAAAAAGCUCAUAGCGUUCUGGCCAAAGUGCAUGCCAACGGAAAUCUCGAUGACGAAGUCGUCUUGCUGGAAAUCGAAGAGAUCCGGACCACCAUCAAGCUGGAGCAGGAGUACGAAAGCAAUGGCUGGUUGCAACUCUUCAAGACUGUUGGCAUGCGUCGCAGGCUACUGAUCCUUCUCACACUUGGUCUGUUCUCGCAAUGGUCCGGCAAUGGUCUGGCUUCGUACUACCUCAACUUGGUCUUGAACGAUAUUGGCAUCACGAAUUCAAACACACAGCUGCUCAUCAAUGGCGGCAUACAAAUCAUGAACUUAGCAGUCGCUCUGGGUCAGUGCUUCGUGGUCGAUCGAGUCGGUCGAAGGACGCUCUUCUUGAUCUCCACGACCGGUAUGCUGGUCUCUUUCACAGUCUGGACUGCCUGCGCCGGUCACUUCGCCAGGACUGGAAUUCAGGCAUCUGGUAAUGCUGUCGUUGCCAUGAUCUUCCUAUACUACGUUUGUUACAAUCUUGCAUGGAGCGGCAUGCUCGUAAGCUACGCGGCAGAGAUUUUGCCCUACCAUAUCCGUGCAAAGGGCUUGACUCUGAUGUUCUUCGCCGUCAACCUGGCCCUAUUCUUCAACCAAUACGUCAAUCCAGUUGCAUUGAAAGACAUCGGAUGGAAGUACUACAUCGUAUACUGCGUCUGGCUUGCUGUCGAACUUGCCGUGGUGUACUUCUUCUACAUCGAGACCCGCUACACUCCAUUGGAAGAGAUUGCCAAGUACUUCGAUGGUGACGCAGCCUUGCUCGGUGGUGCCGCUGGUACUAGCAAAGGCAACAUGUUGGCCGCUAAGUUGGACGGCGCGGACGGAGAUGAGAAGAGGCCAUAUGAGGUGGAACACAAGGAGCUGUAGAAGCGGUACGUGGAGUAUAUAUGACAGCGUCAGUACAAGAAUGUUGCGCUGCCUGAAUGACGAGCUUAUCUGAAUGAUCCACUAUAUACCGAGCCGCGGUGAAGUGUCAAGGACAAGUUAAAGAAAUCUCAAUGUCCAUCGCUAUUUGGCGUGCAGUCCCCAGCGAAAGCUCUCAGGGGAAGCCAACCCCGACUUCACUUCACUUCGCAAAUUCGUCUCGUCCGAACUCAACAUCAACAAACACACCACCACAACAACAAUCCAUCAUCGCCAGUCCAUCUCCAUCAAUCAACAUCUUAUCACCACGAACAAUUCCC